AUGGAACCAGAUAACCAGACAUGGGUGAGUGAAUUUAUUCUCCUUGGCCUAUCCAGUGACCGGCAUGUUCAAGUCUCACUGUUCAUCCUGUUCUUGAUCAUGUACCUGGUGACAGUGCUGGGGAACUUCCUCAUUGUCCUUCUGAUCAGACUGGACAGCAGACUCCACACGCCCAUGUACUUCUUCCUCACCAACCUCUCCCUUGUGGAUGUGUCCUACGCCACCAGCAUAGUCCCUCAGCUGCUGGUGCAUUUUCUGGCUGAACAUAAAGCAAUCCCAUUCGUGAGCUGUGCAGCUCAGUUGUUUUUCUCCUUGGCUUUGGGUGGGAUUGAGUUCAUUCUCCUGGAAGUGAUGGCCUAUGACCACUACGUGGCUGUGAGCAACCCUCUGAGGUACUUGGUCAUCAUGCAUGCAGGGCUGUGCAGUAAGUUGGCCAUUGCAUCCUGGGUCAGUGGCUGCAUGAACUCCCUCCUGCACACUGCCAUCACCUUUCAGCUGCCCUUGUGCACAAACAAGUAUAUUGACCAUGUGUCCUGUGAAAUUCUAGCUGUGGUCAGACUGGCCUGUGUGGACACCUCCUCCAAUGAAGUGGCCAUCCUGGUUUCUAGCAUCGUCCUGCUGAUGACCCCCUUCUUGCUGGUGCUCUUGUCCUACAUCCAGAUCAUCUCCACCAUCCUCAAGAUCCAGUCCAGAGAGGGGAGGAGGAAAGCCUUCCACACCUGUGCCUCGCACCUCACUGUGGUUGCCCUGUGCUUCGGCAUGGCCAUUUUCACCUACAUCCUGCCCCACUCCAGCCCCUCUGCCCUUCAAGAGAAGUUGAUCUCUCUGUUCCAUGCUGUUUUCACCCCCAUGCUGAACCCCAUGAUUUACAGUCUGAGGAAUAAAGAGGUGAAAGGGGCCUGGCAGAAACUAUUAGGACGAUUCUCUGGGUUAACAUCAAAGCUGGUCUCUGUGUGA